AUGAAGCAGAUGAAGCAGUGUGCCCACCCGCAAUGCGACUUCCGCGUGUCGGGCAGGGGCCUGCCCAGGGCAGAUCCCGCACCGCCUUCGGCUCCGCUGUCUCAAAGCACGAGCAAAAAAGCCAUGGUGCUUGCAAAGCGCGCUGGAAGAACAGAAGAUUUGGAGGCGGCAAUGGCAAAGGCUGCGACUCCGCAGUCGGAUCAGGACAGCAGCUGGAAGUGGGAAGAGGACUGGCCACAGAAUCAGAGCGAAGAGGUUGAGGAGAACUGGGGAAAUCGGACAGGCGGAACGAGGCCUCAUGAGCACGCAGAAGCAGAGCCGGAGCCAACUGAGAAUCCUGAACCUGCUCAAGCUCAAGGCAGCAAUGAUUGCCAGCCAGGUGCUAAGCGAACGCUUUCAGGCACAGUAGAGGCCCUGAUGAAACGUAGGCGCGUGGAAAGACUAGACUGGCGAAAGUGCUGGGUUGAAAUUGAGAAGGAGGUGAAGAUUCAUUGCAGCGGCUGGGAGCUGUGUGACGAGGAUGUUGAUAACUGGUUGCUGUGGAUGAGACUGCAGCCCCGAGUGACAAUUCACGAGUUGGACUUCUCGAACAAUUCCUUGACAUCCGUGGCUUUGGGGAGAAUGUGUGAGUUUUUGGAUGGCUGUGGCACCCAUUGCGAACAGUGGUGCUUCUCUGGCAACAAGAUUUGCGACGAUGGGUUCCGGCAACUCAGCGAGCACAUCGCACGAGGACGACCAGCACAGAGUGUUCGAUUCGACUCAAAUCCAAUCAGUCUUCACGGCCUGAUUUGGUUCCUGGCCACCAUCAGUCUUCAUCCGCAGUACCCAGCAGAACACCAGGUGUGGGGCGGCCAAAGGCGCUUUCGUCCUUUGUGGGUGAGCUUGCGCAACACGAAUGUCGUUCAGGAGGAUUUGGACGAUUUCUUGGCCUCCUCACGGUUUAGGGUGCUCGCAAUCAGCGUUUGCAUGGCUUCUUGCAAAGUCACGUGCCAGACCAGCAGCACGAAGCACAAUAUGAUCGUUCAUUUGGACUGUGGCCAAGUCGCCCAACAUCACAGAGGUUACUCCCGCGGAAGCCUGGCGGGAGCGUCCUCCGGCAUUUUUCAGCAACCAGAGCCCAGCAACUGGCGAGGUCUUUGGCUCAAUCCCGAGGGCCAAAAGCUGAGAGAUGAGCCGUCCUUCGUUUAUGAAGACGGCCACUUUGUUGUUCUGAUGAAGCCGGCUGGAUGGCAUUGCACCAACCAUGGGGCUAACCUUCUCAAUGAGUCCCGCAACUGGACGUCUGAGCAGCGGAAGUCUUGGGUACAGAAGCUUUGCUCAAUGCGGGCAUCUGCUGCACUUCAGGACUACCUCAUCUUGCGUUUUGGUGCAGAUCCUGUGUUUGAGGAGGUGAUGACUGCUGAGCACCUCUUCGGAAUGCUGCACCGUUUGGACGUGGGCACCUCCGGGUGCUUGCUUGUGGCAAAGAGCGAAGAGGCUUUCAGGUGGGCGAAGCAACUGCAGGCGCAGCAAGGCUUCCUCCGCAACUACGUGGCGCUGGUCUACGGCAGCUUGCGCGAGAAGGGCCUUCCGCCCCGCGGCACCAUCUCGGCCAAGAUCGACAAAUCUGGCUACACCCGCACGCGGAGGUGUGAGAUACGUGCCUGGGGCGUGCCAUCCUUCACUCAGUACGAGCAGCUGGCCGAGUUCCAAACCCCUCAGGGCCGCUAUACUUUGUUACAUCUCCGCCUUCUCACAGGCAGAACCCAUCAGAUCCGGGUGCAUUGCGAGCAUGUGGGCUUGCCUUUGGUCGGCGACCAGCAGUACCAGAGGCAUCGCCCACAGUGGCGUGAUGCAGCUUCAGCUUGCCCCAGAACAUUUUUGCACAAGGUGCGCUUCGUGUUCCCUUCCUGGAAUGGCGAGCCUGUGGUGGUUUGGACUCCAUUGGCCUGUGCAAAGGACUUGGUGGAGGUUCUGCGGCGGAUGACGGUGGUGGACAGCUCCCUCAUCUCCGUUCGAGCCGAAGACUUGGACCAACUGUUUACAGGCACACAGAGCGUGGGCCGAGUGGUUGAGUCUGCUCGGGCCUGGCACCAACGGAUGCGCAUGCACGUGCCAAAGGAUGCCCGUGCCCUGCUGUUGAGAGUGCCUGACAAGCCCAAAGAACUGGUUGCAAAAGGCUCGCGCAAGAGGGCAGGGACAAAGACGAAGCCCAAGACGGAGCCAAAGGUGCUCCGAAGCUCAGGGCAAGAGGAGUGGUCAGAGAAGCCCGCGGCGGAGCCUGAGCAAUCUGGGGGACAGCCAAAUGAGGACUUCGAGGUUGAAGUAAAGCAAGGAGCUGGCGCGCAGCCGGCUGAAGACUUCGAGGAGACUGAGGUGAAGCAAGGAGCUGGCGCGCAGCCGGCUGAGGGACAGGGGCCAGAUGAGGAGGAGGUGAAGCAAGGCGCUGGCGCGCAGCCGGAGGGACAGGGGCCGGAGGAGGACUUUGAGGAGGUUGAGGUGGACCUGGAGGACGAUGCCUUGAACGGCCAAGACGUGAAGCCCCGCAAAGUUCUGUCGGCCCGAAGCGGCAUCUUGUGCAGCGAGCGCAAUGAGCCCAUCGUGGAAGUCUGUCAGCUCGAGAUGGCAUUCUAUGCAGAGAAAAAGACAAUAUUUUAA